AUGAAGUGUCAUAUAACUCAAUUUGGAAGGAUUGUACCAUCAGGAAUCGAGCGACUUUGUUAUUCACCUGACAAUAAAUAUUUAGCAUGUACACGAGAAGAUGGAAUAGUUGAAAUUUAUUUAUCUAAAACCAAAUCAUUAUUACAUCAACUUCCUAUAUUUCCUUCAAAACAUUCAUGUUGUGCAGCCUGUUGGAGUGAUACAACAUUAUUUGUUGGGGGAACAACAAAACAAGUAUUUGGAAUAAACCCAGAAACUGGGAUGAUUAAAACAAGUAUUAAUGUAUCAUCAAACGUAACAUGUUUAGCAUAUUCAGAAUCAUUAUUUAUUGGUACUGAAAAAGAAUUUAUUGAAUUUUAUUCACCAUCACAAGAUGAUCCAGAUUCUCUAUGGCUUAUGGGAAGACUUAAUCAUUCAAAAGGAAAAACGAUGUGUAUUCAUAUUAAAGGUGAACUUGUUUUUGCUGGAACAUCUGAAGGAGUUAUCUUUGGUUGGAUUAAAAAACAAAAAAAAUUUGAAUUAAUAUUUGCUGUUUAUGCCACUGAUAGGUUGAGAGAAGUUAAAUACAAUAAAUCAAGAGAUGAAAUAGCACAACCACUUGAUGAAAUUAGAAGACUUGAAGAAGAAAAAAUUCCAGAAAAUGAAAGAAAAACAAAAAGUACAGCAAUCAUGGCAAUUGAAAUUAUGGACCAACGUACUGUUGCUGUUGGACUUGUUUAUGGAAAGAUACAAAUAUGGGAUAUUGUUACUAUGACUAUUAUUGCAGAAUUUAGAGAACAUCAAGCAGAUGUGUUAUGUUUAAAAAGUACUACAUUAAAUGGAGAAGCAGUAUUAUUUGGAUCAGGUGUAGAUCAUAAAAUUGUAUUAUUAAAAGAAGUUAAUGGAAAGUGGACGUGUUGUGGUAGAGUAAGACAACACUCACAUACAGUAAAAUCACUUGACAUAUCAAAUGAAGGAAUAUUAGUAAGUGGAGGAGUAGAUACCAUUAUUUUAUUUAGACCAAUAAAUGAUAUGAACCAAUUAAUAUAUAGAAUCUUUCCUAUUGGAGUUGAUUCACCAAAAGCUAAAGUAUGUAGUACUGCUGAUAUGGUAGUUGUUCACGAAGUUGAUAAUAACUUUAACUUUUAUCAAUUAGCAAUAACAUCAAAUGAGUGUGAAAAAGGAAAAUAUGAAAUUGAUAGAGAGUAUUCAUGUUAUUUUACUAUGAAAUUAUCUAAAAAACAUCAAAUUACUACAUUUGAUUUAAAUUCACAAUGUUCAAUACUUGUUGUAGGAACAAAAGAUUUAAUAAGAAUAUUUGGAAUAAAUAAGAAAACUAUACCAUGGAGUAUUAUUAAAGAAGAUAUUAAUGUUACUGGAGUUGUUAAAAAAGUAUAUGUUAAUAAUAAUUACCUUAUUACAAUUAUGACUGAUGGUACUAUCAUUACUUCAGAAAUUAAUUUCGAUGGAAAAGAAUUAACAAUUAAAGAAGAAAAGAGAGGAACAUUUUCACCAAUGUACUCAGUUGAUAAUGAAGAAAUGAAUAUAAUAGGAUUAACUGAAUUAAAAAAUAGACAAUGUCAAUUAGUAUUAAUUGAUUUAAAUACAAUGGAAAGUAAAUUAAUAAAAUUAAUUGGUGAGUUUAUUCCUAAAAAAGUAACAAAGAAAGAUAAAAUGAUAUAUGUCACAGGAAUAAAAGGAGAAUUUAUUUGUUAUGACUAUGACAAUUAUACUGUUGACCCACGUACAACUAUUAUUAAAAAAAUUACUUCUCAAAAUGAAAUUGGUAGUGAAAGAAUAUAUUUUGAUCCAUUGUGUGAAGAUAAUUUUGUUGUAUUAUCUCGUGAAACAAUUACUUAUGAAAAUAUCCAUUCUAAAAUUCAUAAAGACCAAUUUACAUGGUCUAAAUUAAAUAAUUUACCAAGAACAUUAGAAACCAUUUCUCAAUUUCCUUCAAGAAUUAGUAAAAAAUAUGGAAUAAUUGUUGGAGGUGGAUUUAAUUUAAAAGGUGAUUUAAUUGUAGUUACACAACAAUGGUUGUCAAUAUUACAAUCACUUCCAGAACCAUUUAGAUUCUACAAUAAGAUGAAUAAAUUAGUUAAAGUGAAUUGA